CAAAAUCGACCGUGUUUCGUACAUGUACAAUACUUUUAAUUUAAAUAAACUAAAUCAUAUUUUAAAUUCGUAAAUAGUGUUAAUUAGUGAAUAAUGAAUGAUCGACGCUCGAUAGAAGUCUGAUCUUCUCGCUACCGCAGUUAUUGAUAAAAAUAUUCUCUAUUUAUCGGCGAUCUGUAAAUUUUUUGCUCAAAAAUGGAUGGAACCGUCGUCUUGAUUUUAUUAGCUUUAGUUAUGUUAAUCGGGUCCUAUGUUGCUGGUAGCAUCCCUCUGAAUGUCAGCAUGUCCGAGGAGAAACUCCUCAAAGUGACAGUAUUCGGCGCCGGUCUCCUCGUAGGCACUGCCCUAGCGGUGAUCAUACCUGAAGGUGUCCGUUCCCUGUUUGGGGAACGGGCAGUCACGAAUUACACAGCUGAACCGCCAGUGCAGACAGAUUUGCACUCGGUUAUCGGAAUAUCGUUGGUUUUAGGCUUCAUAUUCAUGCUAAUGGUGGACCAGCUGUCAGCUCGGUACAACGACUCGAGUAAUCCCGUAGAAAAAAAUGUCACAGCGACCGUGGGACUCGUGGUGCAUGCUGCUGCUGACGGCAUAGCCCUAGGUGCUGCGGCGACCACAUCACACGCGGACGUAGAAAUUAUAGUAUUUCUGGCGAUUAUGUUGCAUAAAGCACCAGCCGCUUUUGGAUUGGUCACUUUUUUGCUGCAUGCUGGUCUUGAGAGGAACCGAAUCCGCAAACAUCUCCUAAUAUUCUCUUGUUCCGCACCCCUGCUUGCACUGAUCACGUACUUCGGCAUUGGCAACGAGAGCAAGCAGACGCUGAGCGACUUCAACGCGACUGGUAUAGCGAUGCUAUUCUCAGCGGGCACGUUCCUAUACGUUGCUACUGUACACGUGCUCCCCGAAAUAACCAACCCCCACCCCACACAUACACUUCUACCCCUCCAAGAGGGUAUUCCCCCGAAACGGGGUUUUUCCGGCCUACAGAUGCUAGAUGUGAUAAUUCUCUCUUGUGGAGCAAUGUUGCCCGUUUUGUUGACGAUGGGACACGAACAUUGAUAUUUACCCCACGUGUACAGGAUCGCUAAGGUCCUGUACAGGAUUGUGUUGAUACUCGUGUGUGUCAAUCUGUACCUACGUUUCUGUAUCUAUCUGCUGCAAAGGGAUAAAGUGAGGAAGCGGAAUUGAUGUGGUUUUAUUGAAAAAUAUAGUUUUUUGUUAAAAAAAAAAUAUUUUUUGAAUUUUUUUGUCAAAUUUUUUUUUCAAGAUUUUUUUUUUCGAAAUUUUUGUGGUUAAAUAUGCUAUUAUUAUUGUUAAUGAUAUUUAUCUAAUAAUUCUCUUUUGUGGCGCGAUGUUUCCAGUUUUGUUGACGAUGGGACACGAACAUUGAUAUUUACCCCACGUGUACAGGAUAGCUAAGGUCCUGUACAGGAUUGUGUUGAUAAUCGUGUGUGUCAAUCUGUACCUACGUUUCUGUAUCUAUCUGCUGCAAAGGGAUAAAGUGUGGAAGCGGAAUUGAUGCGGUUUCGUCAAAUAGAGAUUUUGUGAAAAAAAAAUUUCUUUUUUUUCGAAAUAUUUUUUUCAAAUUUUUGUUGUUUGUUGAGGGAGAGGAAUUGAUGCGGUUUUGGGGAAAUGAUAGAUGUUGAAAAAAAAAAUUUUUUUUUUUGGAAAUUAUGUGCUUGUGACGUUAUAAAAUGGUACACGGUACAUGUAUAUUUUCUAAUUUUUGAAAAAAUUUGCAGUGAUUGGAAAAACAAUUUUCUUUCGUGUAAUUAAAAAUUAGAAAUGUAAUAUUUGUGAGGACACAAUAUUAUGCAUGUCUAUUUUUCUAUCUGUCUGUCUAUCUAUUGUCACGUGCUAUAGCCGAAACAGCUAAAUUUUUAUAAAUGUAUAAUCUAUACAUAAUUUUAAUAAAUAUAUGUUUGUCUUGUUUUUAUUGUUUAAAACAUUUUUGAAGUGAAACUUAUUUAGGCGC